CUUCAGUUGUUUGUCGUGCUUCGACUCCAACAGAACAACCAAGUGUAGUUGAUUACCACAGAUCCCAGCAAGCGUAAAAUGGAUUUAUACUACAGACUCGGAUCUGCUCCCUGCCGCUCUGUUCUGAUGACAGCUAAGGCGUUGGGCGUGGAGUUCGAUAAGAAAACCACUAUUAACACCCGAGCUGGGGAGCAAUUCAAUCCGGAGUAUCUGAAGAUCAAUCCGCAGCACACGAUCCCCACGCUGCAUGACAAUGGAUUUGCUCUGUGGGAGUCGCGGGCAAUUAUGGUUUAUCUGGUGGAGAAGUACGGCAAGGACGACAAGCUCUUCCCCAAGGAUCCGCAAAAGCAGGCUUUGAUCAACCAGCGCUUGUACUUCGAUAUGGGCACGCUGUACAAGAGCUUCUCCGAGUACUAUUAUCCGCAGAUCUUCCUAAAGAAGCCCGCCAAUGAGGAGAACUACAAGAAGAUCGAGGUGGCCUUCGAGUUCCUAAACACUUUCCUGGAGGGGCAGACCUAUAGCGCCGGAGAGGAUUAUAGCUUAGCGGAUAUUGCCUUCCUGGCCAGCGUUUCCACUUUUGAUGUGGCUGGCUUCGAUUUCAAGCGGUAUGCCAAUGUGGCACGGUGGUACGAACAGGCCAAGAAACUGACACCCGGUUGGGAAGAAAACUGGGCUGGUUGCCUGGAGUUCCGAAAAUACUUCGAUACUAAGCCGAAAAGCUUUUUUCAGUUGCUUGCCGCGCUUCGACUUCAUCAGAACACCCGGGUGUAUUUAAUUACCACGUUCAGUGAGUGCCAUCAACGAGAAAAGAUGGAUUUCUACUACAGACCCGGAUCUGCUUCCUGCCGCUCUGUUCUGAUGACAGCCAAGGCACUGGGUGUGGAGUUCGAUAAGAAGAUCAUCAUCAACACCCGAGCCGGGGAGCAAUUCAAGCCGGAGUUCCUGAAGAUCAAUCCGCAGCACACGGUCCCCACGCUGCAUGACAAUGGAUUUGCUCUGUGGGAGUCGCGGGCAAUUAUGGUUUAUCUGGUGGAGAAGUACGGCAAGGACGACAAGCUCUUCCCCAAGGAUCCGCAAAAGCAGGCUUUGAUCAACCAGCGCUUGUACUUCGAUAUGGGCACGCUGUACAAGAGCUUCUCCGAGUACUAUUAUCCGCAGAUCUUCCUAAAGAAGCCCGCCAAUGAGGAGAACUACAAGAAGAUCGAGGUGGCCUUUGGAUUCCUAAACACUUUCCUGGAGGGACAGACCUACGGCGCCGGAGAGGAUUAUAGCUUGGCUGAUAUUUCCUUUCUGUCCAGUGUUUCUACUUUUGAUGUGGCUGGUUUUGAUUUCAAGCGGUACGCCAAUGUGGUACGUUGGUACGAACAGGCCAAGAAACUGACACCCGGUUGGGAAGACAACUGGGCUGGUUGCCAGGAGUUCCGCAAAUACUUUGAUAACUGAAUAUUUAUGUAAGUCUUGGCACGUUGCGUUACUGAUAAAUACUGAUAAAGCACUUAUUAAAAUAUUUUUUUAAAUAUU